AUCCUUAAAGAAAUUCCGCUUCAAGAUGUGCGCAAUUUCUGCUUUAUUGCUCAUGUCGAUCACGGAAAGUCCAGUUUGAGUUCGCGAAUUCUUGAAUUAACAGGCAAUCAAGGACCAGAGGCUCAAGCCCUUGCCUGGAAGAUUGCCCAAGGUUUGGCCGCUGGUGACGCUCCGGUCAAUCCAGAUGCGGCCAAUCGUGAAAAGAUCGAACUCCUGGAUUCUCUCGCCGUCGAACAACAGCGAGGAAUCACCGUAAAGGCGUCGACGGCGACUAUGUUGUAUCAGCAUGACUCUGCCGUCGGUCCAAGAGGAACAUUGUUGCUGAACAUGUACGAUACACCCGGCCACGUUGACUUUGGUCGUGAAGUAAUACGAUCCUUGUGCUUUGUUCAAGGUGCUGUCUUACUGUUGGACGCAACACAGGGAAUUCAAGCGCAGACUUGGAGUGUCUACGAAAAGGCCCAAAGUCUUCCGCAUCCGCCAGAAAUUCUCUUGGCAUUGACUAAGAUUGAUCUAGAAAAUGCAAGACCGGUGCACGUGGCGUUAACGGCAUGUGAUUGGCUAAAUUGGGACGAUCCCGAUACCAUUAUUCCGACGAGUGCCCGGAACCGUGUUGGGAUCCAACAAGUGUUAGAUGCCGUCUGUGCUAAAGUGCCGUCGCCCACCCCUAUCGAUGACGACAAUGAUACGCUGCGAGCGCAAGUAGUGGAUUCAUGGUACGACUCUCGUGGAGUCAACUGUUUGGUGCAGAUAGUUUCCGGUGAAAUGAAAGAAAGCGAUCGCAUUUCUAUUGUGGGUGAUAACAUGGCCCAAGCAUUAUCCUAUUCAGUACAAGAAAUUGGUUUGUUACUUCCCAAGGCCUGUCGGACAGGCACUCUACAACGCGGACAGAUGGGAUACUGUCGAUUUGGCCUACGAGAUCCCCGACAAGCCAUGCCAGGUACAAUGUUGAUUCUGAACAAGGAUUGCAACAAGCAGCUUUUGCUACCAUCUAUUCCCAAAGAGACUGAGACAAGAUCCGUUUUGUACGCUUCUGUGCACCCACAAGACGUGUCGGGUUUCGAUGAUCUUUGCAAUGCCGUUAAUCGCUUGGCUUUAAACGAUACCGGAUUGGAAGUUCAAAAGACAUCAUCAGUUGGAGGAGGCGAAGGCGGUGGACCUUUUCUCGGACCUGGCCUGCGGGUUGGCUUUCAAGGCUUGCUGCAUGUCGAAGUAUUUCAGCAACGAUUGCAGGACGAAUUCGGGAUAGAGGCAAUAGUUACACCGCCUAAAGUGCCGUACACAAUAACGUACCUUGCAAACAAAAGAAGCAACCUAGAAGAGAGCUAUACAGAAGUUGUGGAAGAUUUGCGAAAUUGGCCAGAGCCAGGAGUAAAGGUCAAAAUUAUGGAGCCAAUAGUGGAUGUACGCAUCAUUGCAAGAGUGGAAGAUGCUGGGGGAGUAAUGGAUUUAGUGCAAAGGAAACGAGGCACGGAACUUCGAACCAAGCCGAUUGACGAAGAAAAGUGGCUUUUUACCGCAAGAGUACCGUGGGCAGAGGUGGCGAUUGACUUUCACGAUCAGCUCAAGAAUAUAACGGCUGGAUAUGGUAGCUUGGAUACGUCGGAAGCGGAUCCACCCCUGGCCGAAGGCGCUCUAAGCAAAGUUGAUAUUAUGUUGAACGGCGAAGUUGUCGAACCCCUGGCCUUUGUUUGUCACCGGGAUAACGCGCAAGGCGAAGCUCGGAAGGUUGCGCAAAAACUCCAAGGGGUAUUGCCUCGACAGCAAUUUGUAACCGCUAUUCAAGCCAAGGCCGAUGGGAAAAUAAUUGCAUCUGAACGGAUCAAAGCAUUUCGGAAGGACGUGUUGACGAAAAGCGGUAAAACAGUGGGAGGUGGAGAUCAAACACGAAAAAUGAAACUUUUGGAAAAGCAAAAGAAGGGCAAGAAACGCAUGCAGGACUCGGGUAAAGUGAAGCUAAGCCAGGCUGCGUUCAACAGCGUCAUUUCGAGAGCUUCUUGA